GCUCUACCCCUGCAGGUUCUGAUGCUCCGCCUCCUGCUACUUGGAACCACUAAAGCCUGCAAACCUUUCCACUCCCUCUUAGUCUGCGGUCGAUGCUGAGGUUUUCGGAACUUUCCAGACGAGGGCCACCCAGGCCCUUUGCCUCCUGCCAUCACCGUACCUGCACCCUGCUUGGGAAAACCCUAAGCCCGGAGCUCCCGCUUUCCCUCAACACGGACGCCCCAACUUUUUACGCGCGAUCGACGCGGCGAGGUACCGGUGGAAGAUCCGGGCGCGCAGGGCUGGUGGUCCCGUCGGGUACAGAGCGCACCAUGGCUGGCUGCUGCUGCUUGUCGGCGGAGGAGAAGGAAUCGCAGCGCAUCAGCGCGGAGAUCGAGCGGCAACUUCGCCGGGACAAGAAGGACGCGCGCCGCGAGCUCAAGUUGCUGCUGCUGGGAACUGGUGAAAGUGGCAAAAGCACCUUUAUCAAGCAAAUGAGAAUUAUCCAUGGGUCUGGAUACAACGAUGAAGACAGAAAGGGGUUCACAAAGUUGGUUUAUCAAAACAUAUUCACUGCCAUGCAAGCCAUGAUCAGAGCCAUGGACACGCUGAGGAUACAGUAUGUGUGUGAGCAGAAUAAGGAAAAUGCCCAGCUAAUCAGAGAAGUGGAAGUAGACAAGGUCACCAUGCUCUCCAGGGACCAGGUGGAGGCCAUCAAGCAGCUGUGGAACGACCCAGGAAUCCAGGACUGUUACGACAGGAGGAGGGAAUAUCAGCUAUCAGACUCUGCCAAAUAUUACCUGAAUGACAUUGACCGAAUUGCCACACCAUCAUUCGUGCCAACACAGCAAGACGUGCUUCGUGUCCGAGUGCCCACGACUGGCAUUAUUGAGUAUCCAUUUGACUUAGAAAACAUCGUCUUUCGGAUGGUGGAUGUUGGUGGCCAGCGAUCUGAAAGACGGAAAUGGAUUCACUGCUUUGAGAGUGUUACCUCCAUUAUUUUCUUGGUUGCUCUGAGUGAAUAUGACCAGGUUCUGGCUGAAUGUGACAAUGAGAACCGCAUGGAAGAGAGUAAAGCCUUAUUUAAAACUAUUAUCACCUACCCAUGGUUUCUGAACUCAUCUGUGAUUCUGUUCCUAAACAAGAAGGAUCUUCUGGAAGAGAAAAUCAUGUAUUCUCAUCUAAUUAGCUAUUUUCCAGAAUAUACAGGACCAAAGCGGGAUGUCAAAGCUGCCAGAGACUUUAUCUUGAAGCUUUAUCAAGAUCAGAAUCCUAACAAAGAGAAAAUCAUCUACUCCCACUUCACAUGUGCCACAGACACAGAGAAUAUCCGCUUUGUGUUUGCUGCGGUGAAAGACACAAUUCUACAGCUAAACCUGAGGGAAUUCAACCUAGUUUAAAAGCUGCUACUCACUCCUUGCUCAACUAGAAGACAGGAUUUGCAAGCUCCUCUUAUUUUAUUUGCCAGUGCAUCUGACAUCACCCAGUCCCAUCAUGCAGGCUACAGGACAGAGAUGGGUGAUUAAGCUUGUAAGAUUUUGAAUUUUAUAGAGUUUUACAAAGCCACUGUGAUUUUUAAUUAAAUUUGUGUUUAAUAAUAGCCACUUCAAAAAUCAUUCGACUGACAGGCUUAUUUAUAUAGCUCAUGCCUUCAGACUUCUAAGAUUAAUUUGGGUAACUUUUUUAAAAGAAAGUUAAUGGGUUUGAAGCUUUUUUAUUAAAUCUUGUAAUUUAGAGACUUAAAUUAUUUUCACUUCAUGAUGAAGUAUGGUCUUUAACAUGUCACCAAAGGUUUUUUUUUUAAACUGUUGGCUAACUUUCUAAGCCAAAUUAAUGACUAUAACAGUACAUCUAAUUUAGUUUUGCCACAAUUUGAUCACCAUGAAGCCAAAACUGACAUAGGGCAAAUGAGCUCUAGAUAGAAUGUGUGAUAUAUUGGUAAUGUGUAAGUGUGUAUAGUAUAUAUUACAAUGUAUAUGACCCGGUCUUGUAAACUCAAGAAAUGGCUAAAGGCCCAAAUUGUAAUGUCACCCCUGCCAACGUUCUAAUGGCCAUCACAGAUAUGUUUGAACCAUGUAUGAGGCUAAGAAUAUACCAUUCUGCCAUUGUACUGGAUUACAUUGUGUUUCUUUCAGCUCAUGAUUAAUGUGUCAAACUUUUUAAAUGUCCUUGUAGUGGACAAAAAAUAAACAGAAGUUUGAUAAUAGAUGACAAUAAAGAAAACUGAGUAACUCCCUGAAAUGGCUACCAUGUCCAGCAAAAAAAAAAAAAAAAAAAAAAGAUACUGGGUUAGGGGAGUCAGUUAUAGGAGGUGAUCAGGAAAACAACAGUAAAACCAGUAAAGUUGCAAUGCAUAUUACAGUCAGGUGCCUUCCUCAAUGUUAAGAUGACACUGUUACAAAUGGAGAUUUAUCACAUAAAUAAGUCUCUCUUACAAAAAGAUAAUUUUUACUUUGUAUUCAAAGCUUUUCCUGUGUCUUUAAAAAUUAUCAGCUCAAAAUAAUGCUUAUGUCAAAGAGGCAUAUUUUGGGAUUCCAUAUUCUAAUCCCUUUCAGUCACUUCAAAGAAGUUUCACAGUCCAGAAGCUGAGUUGAUAAGACUAUUCUACAUUAUUUCACUGAACCAAGCUCUUAGUCUUGAGAGUACAUUAGUGUGUCUGGUGUCAGGGGGCAGUGCUGCAGAUGCAAAUCAGAUAUUCAAUAUGAGGUCAUUUCUCUGGAAACAGAAAAACAAAGGUUAUUGGCCAAGACAAAUUAUAAGCACAGUCUAAGUCCCGAGGGCUGUCAGAUGUUGGAAUCAAAUUAUCUUUUCCAUUUAGAAUGCCACUGAUGUUACUGGCUGUUCAGGUAAGAUUCUGAGUGACCUACACCGAAAAAGGCAUGAAAAUUAUCUAAACAUAGCUAUUGUGGCUAUUUCGCUGGAGUUCGAAUCAAGUCGAUGCUAGUUUUGAGGAAGUUAGAAUUCAGAAUCUAAUCAAGUUUACAGAUAAAUAAGACCUCAGACAAUGAACAAAACCAGAUCUGUUACCUACAAAGGUAUAUUAUACUGUCUACUGAAGCAUUAUUGUCCUCUUUGCAAUUACCCCCAUUUUUAAACCAAAUGACAGCUAAGCAAAUUUGUUUGCAAAAUAAAUCUUAAUAUUGACACGAGUGCAGCAAAAAGAGUGACAUAGAUUCUUUUAAAUCUGCUUUGUCGGAACUUCUCAAAAGGAAUCUCAGGUUGUAAUUUUAACAGUCUAGUAACCCAAAAUAAGAUCGUGCCAUCAAACUUUGCCUGCAAUGCUUUUCUAGAUUUCUACUCCUUUAGUGAUUUUGAUCUUUCGUUAGCAGUUUUAUAAAUCCAACUUUUCCUUAGAGUUCUACAAAUACAUACCCAGCCCAAUGGUAUGAUUUCAAAGUUUUCAGAAACAUGUACUUCUCAGAGUCCUUUCUGUGAAUCUCCUUGAAGUUAAAGCACUUUUGCUAAAGUAAAACAACUUCUGUAAAUGACAAAAGAAUUUUUAA